AUGAGUGAUAAAAGCCUGAUACAAUGGGUUGGCGAUCAGCUCCACGAACUGGUGGGCAUUAGCGAGCGGCUUAUAGUACAAUUCUUGGUUGAUAUGGCAACGUCCGCAAAGACUCCGGAAUGGCUGUUAAAACAGUUAAUAGAGUCAGAGUCACUACCGGACAAUGAAAAGGCUAAAGUGUUCACCAAUGAACUAUUCAAG